GAUGGUGGCUUCCGCUGUCUCCAGGCCGAGGUUCUCCGGAAUGGGAGGGCGCCGGGACUGUGGUUUGCCCUGAACGUCGGAGAAGACGUCGCCAUGAAUCUCCUGCGCCGGAGUGGGAAGCGGCGGCGUCCAGUCUCAGACUCGUUCUCGGGAAGCGGCAGUGACAGCAGCGCCAGCCCCCAGCUCCUCGCAGGGUCCGCGCUGAGCCCGCCGCCGGGCCUGGGGCGCAGCCUGAAGGAACGUGGGGGCCGCGGGCGAGGGGCAUGGAAGCAGACACUGCCUGAUGACCAACUAGACAAGCUGCUGUUGGCAAAUUGGGGACUACCUACAGCGGUUCUGGAAAAAUAUGACAGUUUUGGUGUAAAAAAGAUGUUUGAAUGGCAGGCAGAGUGCCUUUUGCUUGGACAAGUCUUGGAAGGAAAGAAUUUAGUUUAUUCAGCUCCUACAAGUGCUGGGAAGACUCUUGUUGCAGAAUUACUUAUCUUGAAGCGGGUUUUAGAAAAUCGGAAGAAAGCUUUGUUCAUUCUUCCCUUUGUUUCUGUGGCUAAAGAGAAGAAAUACUAUCUCCAGAGUCUGUUUCAGGAAGUAGGAAUAAAAGUAGAUGGUUACAUGGGCAGUAGCUCUCCAGCAGGGCGCUUCUCUUCCUUGGAUAUUGCUGUCUGCACAAUUGAGAGAGCCAAUGGUCUGGUCAACCGCCUCAUAGAGGAAGAUAAGAUGGAUCUGUUAGGAAUGGUGGUUGUGGAUGAAUUGCAUAUGCUAGGAGAUUCUCACCGGGGGUAUCUGUUGGAACUUCUGUUGACCAAGAUUUGCUAUAUUACACAGAAAUCAGCAUCCUGCCGGGCAGGUUUAGCCAGUCCUUUGUCUAAUGCUGUACAGAUUGUUGGCAUGAGUGCUACUCUUCCUAAUUUGGAGCUUGUGGCUUCCUGGUUGAAUGCGGAACUCUACCACACUGACUUCCGUCCUGUACCACUUUUGGAGUCAAUAAAAAUUGGCAAUUCCAUAUAUGACUCUUCAAUGAAGCUUGUGAGGGAAUUUCAACCCCUGCUACAAGUGAAGGGAGAUGAGGACCACAUUGUUAGUUUAUGUUAUGAGACCAUUCGUGAUAACCAUUCAGUAUUACUUUUUUGUCCAUCGAAAAAAUGGUGUGAAAAGUUGGCUGAUGUUGUUGCCCGAGAGUUUUAUAAUCUACACCAUCAAGCAGAGGAAUUGGUAAAGCCACCUGAAUUUCCACCUGUGACUCUGGAAAAAAAGGGCCUCCUGGAAGUGCUAGAUCAGUUAAAACGUUUGCCUUCAGGACUGGACUCUGUAUUACAAAAGACUAUACCGUGGGGAGUCGCAUUUCAUCAUGCAGGUCUUACUUUUGAGGAGAGGGAUAUCAUUGAAGGAGCCUUCCGCCAAGGGCUCAUUCGAGUCUUGGCAGCAACUUCCACUCUUUCUUCUGGAGUGAAUUUGCCUGCACGCCGUGUGAUUAUUCGGACUCCUAUUUUUGGUGGUCGAACUCUAGAUAUUCUUACUUACAAGCAAAUGGUUGGUCGUGCUGGCAGGAAAGGAGUAGACACAGUAGGUGAGAGUAUCUUAGUUUGUAAGAACUCUGAGAAAUCAAAAGGCGUAGCUCUACUUCAGGGAUCUCUAAAACCUGUUCGUAGCUGUCUGCGAAAACUAGAAGGAGAAGAAGUAACUGCCAGCAUGGUUCGGGCUAUUCUGGAGAUAAUAGUUGGCGGAGUGGCAAGUACAUCACAAGAUAUGGAGACUUACGCAUCUUGCACGUUUUUGGCUGCAAGUAUGAAAGAAGGAAAGCAGGGAAUUCAGAGACAUCAAGAUUCUGGUCAACUUGGAGCAAUUGAGGCCUGUGUGAUGUGGCUGUUAGAAAAUGAAUUCAUCCAGAUUACAGAAGCCAGUGAUGGAACGGAAGGAAAGAUAUAUCAUCCAACACAGCUGGGUUCGGCUACUCUUUCUUCUUCACUUUCUCCAACUGAUACCUUAGAUAUUUUUGCUGACCUCCAAAGAGCAAUGAAGGGUUUUGUUUUAGAGAAUGACCUUCAUAUUGUUUAUCUUGUUACACCUAUGUUUGAAGAUUGGACUACUAUUGAUUGGUAUCGAUUUUUCUGUUUAUGGGAGAAGUUGCCUACGUCUAUGAAAAGGGUGGCAGAACUAGUAGGGGUUGAAGAAGGAUUCUUGGCUCGCUGUGUGAAAGGAAAAGUAAUAGCCAGAACUGAGAGACAGCAUCGGCAAAUGGCCAUCCAUAAAAGGUUUUUUACUAGUCUUGUGCUGUUGGAUUUAAUCAGUGAAGUUCCCUUAAAAGAAAUUAACCAGAAAUAUGGAUGCAAUCGUGGACAGAUUCAGUCUUUGCAACAGUCAGCUGCUGUUUAUGCAGGGAUGAUUACAGUAUUUUCCAACCGCCUGGGCUGGCACAACAUGGAACUGCUGCUUUCCCAAUUUCAGAAGCGUCUCACGUUUGGCAUCCAGAGGGAGCUGUGCGACCUUGUACGGAUAUCCUUGCUUAAUGCACAACGAGCCAGGUUCCUCUAUGCUUCUGGCUUUCUCACUGUGGCAGAUCUUGCUAGAGCAACUAUUGCUGAGGUAGAGGUGGUCCUGAAAAAUGCUGCACCUUUCAAAAGCACCCGAAAGGCAGUGGAUGAGGAAGAGGAAGCAGUUGAAGAACGACGAAGUAUGCGAACUAUCUGGGUGACUGGCAGGAAAGGUUUAACUGAAAGAGAAGCAGCAGCCCUGAUAGUGGAAGAAGCCAAAAUGAUUCUUCAGCAAGACCUGGUUGAAAUAGGAAUACACUGGGAUCCAUAUUCCCCUUUAAGUCCUGGUAUUCAUUCAUUGACCAGCAGUAAGUCGGAAGUAAAAGAACAAACUUUUACGUCCUAUACUAAGAGUUCUUGUAAAAGGUUAACAUCAAGAAACAAAAGUAGAACAAAAUUUAAUGAUUCUUAUGUUAAUGAGUCACCAAAUACAGUGCAAAAAAUUUUAGACAAAAGUAGAUUGCAUUCAGAUUCCUUUUUUAGUAAGUUACAGGAUGGGAAUCAACGUGAGAGACAGUCCAUUUGCAGAGCACGAAAACGGACAUUUUUGGACAGCGAUAAAGGAAAGCCAGAAAUGUCUUUGCAUGAAGGACAAAUAAGCUCUAAGGAAGUUGUUCAGACUUUUUCGUUUGAGAAAACCAAAAAAGCGGCUUUGAAUUUAAGUUUAGAAAAGAACACAGCUUUUCGAUCUUCAAAACAUAGAAAGCAUCUAAAACGGUCCAGAGACAGUAGCCCUGAGGAAGACUCUGGGUUGCACAGACUUGGCAUACAAAGACAGACAACAUCCAGUCCUAUUCUUUGUGAAGAUCCAUUUACCUUAAAUGAGAAGAACAUGGAAUUUAGAAGUCCAGGGCCAUUUCCUGAAGAUGUAUCUUUUCGUGCUGGUGAACAAUGUGAGAAAAUAUCAUUUCCAUUACAAACUGAACAGAAUUACUCAAGGAAUAGAACUGUAACUAAUGGUACUCCUGUGACACAGAAUAAAAAUGUGACUUGUCAAGCCACUAGUGUGGUUAGGGAAAAUGGAAGGGAAUUUGCUGUCGUUGAGACAGAAAAAAUAAAUGCAGUGCUGAUACAAAAUAAUCCAGAAAACCAAGAUGGUUGUGUGAAACACUGUGACAUCCAUCCAGUUAACCGGUGCUGGGAAAAGCAUCCUGAUAAACCGACAAACGCUGAUCCCAAACAUAAAGACACAAAAGAGAAACAAAUGCCCUGUGAGGUAGUCAGUAAUUGUAUGAAAGGAGACUCAAAUAUCACUACUAUCAGAUGUCAAAGUACGAAAUUUAAUUCCGAGGAGAAGAAACCAAAUCAUUUUCUGGGCUCAGGAGAUAAGGAAAGCAGAACUGAGAGACCUGGUGGAAUCCUCCUGUCAGCUGGAUCAUUUGGUAAGUCAGGAGGCCAGUCUGAGCAUUUUCUAAAUUCCUCUAGAAUGCAAGAAAAAACACACGCUCACACAGCUGACAAAACUAAAGCUAAUCAUGUUCACAACUUGGGUUUUGUUCUCUGUGAUUUCGAAGACAGUCUCUACCUCGAUACUCAAUCAGAGAAAAUGCUACAGCAGGUGGUAACAGCGAAUGCCAAGCCGGCAGCUCAGGACAGCAGCCUGGCCGCAGCGACAAUGCUGAAGAACCAAGACGGACAGAGCUCAGUGACGUCUCUUCAGAAAGAAUUAAACACGGCCUCUGCUGGAGAACACUGUUCUCCAGGAGCGACCCGUAAAGAUCACUUGGACCUUAAGACUACAGACACUAUGAGGCAAAGCACUGCUGCAGAUGGUAUUGAUAACCUUACUCCCGAAAGCCCAAUUUUUCAUUCUCCAAUACUACUGGGGGAAGAUAGUCCUUGCUUUAAAGGGGAAGGGGUAUCUGUUACUGAUUCCCAAUUAAAUAGUUUUUUUCAAGGUUAUCAGACACAAGAAACUGUGAAAACAGUCAUACCUCUGGCUCCUCAAAAGGACCCUCCCCUGGAGGGGGAAGGAGAGUGUCUCCCAGCUCCUGAAACAAGUCUGAAUAUGAGCGAUUAUCUACUGUUUGACAGUUUCAGCGAAGACUCCUUCAUAAAAGCACCACCUCCCGAGGUCCCAGUGAAAGAACCCCUUCCCUCGGAUAGGACAUCAAACCAUUUCAGAGAUUGUCUGAGUCUGCAUCAGGAGGGCUCAGUGAAAAAAUCAAACAUGAGUGAGAAUCAAGAUACUCGGCAGUCGGUGACUUGUUUCAAUGAUGAAUCUAUUUUAUUUUCAGAAAUGGUUUCUGGUCAGAUGGUUGAGGCUUUGGACAAUGUAGAUACAUUUCCUGUCCAAGAGAAACGGAAUACUGUGCUAUCUCUUAGCACAUUAGAACUAAAUGAGCCAGGUAGUGAUCACUGCCCAAGAGAACCAGCUGGAGAAGAUCAAAAUGAAAAGGCUCCAAGGUCCAAAUUGACUGGGACCAGGCAAAAUGAUUCGUUCGUAUGGUCAGGGGCAUCAUUUGAUUUAAGUCCAGGACUGCAAAGGAUUUUAGAUGACGAAUCCAGUCCUAUAGAAGAUGGAAAGCUAAAAGUAAUGACAACAAACUCGUCCAGUUUGAAAGGGAAAAGAGAACUAAAUGAGACACAAGAAGUGAUUUCAAAUUUGGAGAUAAGCCAAGUACGGAGAAUUUCAGUUUUCUCUAACAAUGAAGUAAAAAGCAAGAUUGAGGUGCUACAGAACAAUGCAAAUCCUGGUAGAACCUCAGCCCUCUUGCCUUGUAAAGAAAGCUGUGCACUUGAUGAUAAUGGUCUUAUUCCUCCUACACCUAUUCCAGCAUCUGCUUCCAAGCUGGCAUUGUCAGGGAUUCUUGGAAUGUCUGUAAAACCUCAGAAAACUCAGAGUGUUUUACACCCAGGUGAAAGUUACUCAUUUGACUCACCUUCAGAUAUAAACCAUGAUUUAAGUCCUGAAAGUAGAAAUGGCUUCAAAGGCAAUAGUCCUAUUAGAGAUACAAGUUUUUCACUGCAGUUGUCACAGGAUGGAUCGCAGUUAAGUCAAGCUUCCUGCAGUUCAGAAAGUUUGGCCAUAAUUGAUGUGGCGAGUGACAAAACUCUCUUUCAAACAUUCAUUAAAGAGUGGCAGUGCAAAAAGCGAUUUUCCAUCUCCCUGGCUUGCGAGAAGAUUAGAAGUUUGACAUCUUCUAGAUCUGAUACCAUUGGUGGUAGGUUUAAGCAAGUAAGCUCAUCUCAGGCAGCCUCUGUUAGAGCUGACGGAUUUCCUGUUCCAGGCUGUGAUGACAUCUUGCUAGUUGGCCUGGCAGUAUGCUGGGGUGGAAGGGAUGCCUAUUAUUUUUCAUUGCAGAAGGAACAACAGCAUUCUGAAAUUAGUGCCAGUUUGGUCCCACCUUCUCUGGAUCCAAGGCUGACUGUGAAAGAUAGGAUGUGGCAUCUUCAGUCCUGCUUGCAAAAGGCAUCUGAUAAAGAACGUUCUGUCAUCAUCUACGACUUCAUCCGGAGCUAUAAAAUUCUUCUCUUAUCCUGCGGCGUCUCCCUGGAACAAAGUUAUGAAGAUCCUAAGGUGGCAUGCUGGCUGCUAGAUCCUGAUUCUAAGGAGCCAACUCUUCACAGCAUAGUUACUAGUUUUCUUCCUUGUGAGCUUCCGCUCCUAGAAGAGAUGGAGACUGGCCAGGGAAUUCAAAGCCUGGGACUAAAUGUCAGCAUGGAACAUUCUGGGCGAUACAGAGCAUCAGUAGAGUCCAUUCUCAUUUUCAACUCUAUGAAUCAACUCAACGCUUUGUUGCAGAAGGAAAAGCUUCAAGAUAUUUUCCAUAAAGUGGAAAUGCCCUCUCAGUACUGCCUGGCUUUGCUAGAACUAAAUGGGAUCGGCUUCAGUACUGCAGAAAGUGAAAGUCAAAAACACAUCCUGCAAGCCAAGCUGGAUGCAAUCGAGACUCAGGCCUAUCAACUAGCCGGCCACAGCUUUUCCUUCACCAGUUCAGAUGACAUUGCUGAGGUUUUAUUUUUGGAAUUGAAAUUGCCACCAAAUGGAGAGAUGAAAAGCCAAGGCUGCAAGAAAACUUUGGGUUCUACCAGGAGAGGGAAUGGCAAAGGAUGCAAACUAAAGCUGGGAAGACGGCUCAGCACUAGUAAGGAUGUUUUAAAUAAGUUAAAGGCAUUGCAUCCUUUACCAGGCUUGAUAUUAGAAUGGAGAAGAAUCACUAAUGCUAUUACCAAAGUGGUCUUUCCCCUGCAACGAGAAAAGCGCCUGAAUCCUUUUCUUGGAAUGGAAAGAAUCUAUCCUGUUUCACAGUCACAUACUGCUACAGGACGGAUAACAUUUACAGAACCAAAUAUUCAGAAUGUUCCAAGGGAUUUUGAGAUCAAAAUGCCAACACUAGUAGGGGAAAGCCCUCCUCCUCUAGCUCAAGGCAAAGGCCUACUUCCCAAGGGCAGAGGACCAGAUGAGAAGGAUUGUACCCUGAACCCUAAGCCCUGGGCACAGAUGGAAGAGAGAGCCUCGGACAGAGGGAUACCGUUUUCAGUGAGCAUGCGGCAUGCUUUUGUGCCUUUCCCAGGUGGAUUAAUAUUGGCUGCUGAUUACUCUCAGCUGGAGUUGAGGAUCUUGGCCCAUUUAUCACAAGAUCGUCGUCUCAUUCAAGUAUUAAACACUGGGGAGGAUGUUUUCAGGAGCAUUGCAGCAGAAUGGAGGAUGAUGGAGCCUGAAUCUGUUGGAGAUGAUCUGCGGCAACAGGCAAAGCAGAUUUGCUAUGGAAUCAUUUAUGGAAUGGGAGCUAAAUCUUUAGGAGAGCAGAUGGGCAUUAAAGAAGACGAUGCUGCUUGCUACAUUGACUCCUUCAAAUCCAGAUACACAGGGAUUAAUCAUUUCAUGAAGGAGACAGUGAAGAAUUGUAGAAGAGAUGGGUUUGUUCAGACCAUUUUGGGAAGACGCAGAUAUCUGCCGGGAAUCAAAGACAAUAAUCCUUAUCAUAAAGCUCACGCUGAGCGUCAGGCUAUCAACACAACAGUCCAAGGAUCAGCAGCUGACAUAGUGAAAAUAGCCACAGUUAACAUUCAGAAGCAAUUAGAGACCUUCCACUCAACCUUCAAAUCCCACGGACACCGUGAGGGUGUGCUCCAAACUGACAAAACAGGGUUGUUGCCCAAGAGAAGACUGCCUGGGGUGUUCUGCCCGGUCAGAGGCGGCUUCUUCAUCCUCCAGCUCCACGAUGAACUCUUGUACGAAGUGGCGGAAGAAGAUAUCGUUCAGGUAGCUCAGAUUGUCAAAAAUGAAAUGGAAAAUGCCAUAAAACUUUCUGUGAAACUAAAAGUGAAAGUGAAAAUAGGUGCCAGCUGGGGAGAGCUCAAGGACUUCGAUGUCUAAUCAUGCACUUCCUGCAGUCCUCUUCGGCGUCACACAGUGCAGAGCCACCUGGAAAGAAUGGACAUUACUCUUCCACUUGUUUCAUGAAAAAACUCUCAGAUCUGGAUGCACUUAGGAUAUUAAUUUUAUAGUGUUUCUAAAUGUAUAAACAGGUCUGAUACUUGUAGUGCCAAAAAUAUUUUUGGGAGAGGAGGAGAAAUACCAAGUUUAAUGAUUAUAUUCUCAAAGAAAUCUAUGACUUUAGCCUUUUAUAAUUUAUUGUGGCUUUAAACAGCUUCAGAAUGUAUGCUUGAAACCUUGCACGUAGCACUUUGCAUCCUUGUCUCGCUGGACUGAGCAUGAGGAAAACUGCUCUCCGGGCAUUGCCAGCCCUGUCCUAUGUUCAGGCACUCAUGGUGCAGGCUCCAAUGGGAGCCACAGGAAGACAAAUAUUUGGUUUCACUUAUACCAUGGGGUUAGGCCUUAUGCAUUUUUUCCCCCACCAAUGUCAGUUUAAUUCUACUGAAAUAGUAUUUUAAAAUAGCAUUGGUUAAUAAAUGAUGAAUUCUGUAAAGUGGUAAGACUUAGCAUGGAUAGAACUUAGGAAUGAAUUUUCAUAAAAUGUUUCUUAUUCCUUUUCUCUUGCCAGUUUAUAAAUGUAUUUGAAAUAUCCAGGCAUUAUACCUUUCCAAGAGAUAAUCUUGUUCUUUAAAAUCAGAUGCUUUUAUGCAUUUAAAUAUAAUCGUGCCAGUGAAAAGAAAUACCCCUUCACACCUGGUUCUGUGUUUGUAACUUGGUGAGAAUACCCAGGCUGAAAAGAGUAUACUUUAUCAUCCCAAGCAGAGGUACAGAAAUGACCAUUUUGCAGUUCAAAUAAAAUGUAUU